UGAUGCCUUAUAGCUCGACUCAUAACUUAGAUUAAAAAUGAUUUUGGAGCAUCUGCUCCUGCUAUCCUGUAUCUAUUCAAUAGCUAGUGGUCAAGGGAAGAGUGUAGGUGUACAGGGUGGAGAAGGAUGUCCCCUUCUAUCUGGCGUUUAUGUCUCCGUAAUGCGAAGAAUAUUUCAUCCAGGAAUGCAGAAGCAAAUACUGACUGAAAUAGAACUAAUGUUAACUUCUACUCUGCUCCCAGAAACUUGUCAUGUACUUGUUGAGGAGACUAUACCUCGAGGAGCGUAUGUUGACCCUGACGAGCUGCUGGACCGUAAACUGAGGACUGGACUGAACGCUUAUAUUCCAGCCAGGGUGGAUAUAGAGAAACCAGAGUUCGAAUCAGAAGCAUUCAGGGAUACAUUGGUCAUCUAUGGGAGUCUAAACUGUAUAAUGCUUCCUAUUCAUACCCGGUAUCAUAAACCUGGCUCAUCUUAUAAACCUGGGGAUAAACCUUCAGCAAUACUCAAGAUACAGAACCCAAGGAUAUUACUGAGCUGUGAAGGCGAAGACAUAACAGAAAAUUGUACAGGACGGGCUGUUGUGAACGCUUACUGUCCUCAGUUUGAGUCAAAGUGUCAGUACGUGAAUCUUCCGUACAAAAUAAACGUUGCCAGUCUAGAGGUAAGUGUACCUGUGGGUGAUGUUGAGGAUUCCAGCCUAGUAGUUGGUGUAACCACCCUUGUUACAUGUGGUGCUACAGUUUACCUUCUUAUUACUAUGUUUAGAACCAGCAAAUAGUAAUUCUUUAAUUUUUUAUGUUAAGACAAAGCAAUAAUAUUCCUCAAUAAGGAAGUCCGCAAAAUUCUAU